AUGAAGUUAAUAGAUGAAGUCAAAAAGACUUAAUAAGAGUUGGCAAAAAUAUAAAAGGAGCAUGAACUUCUGAAGAUAUCAAAUAAAUAGCUGCUCAAUCAAAACCAAUCAAAGAUAAUUUAGAAAAUAGAGCAAAUUACGAAUAGCAAAAAUGGUGCAGGAGUUCAUAUUAACGUUUUCUCAACCGAGGCUAAGUCCUUAGUUCAUGAUAAAAUAUUUAAGACGUUUAUACAUUACAAUGAAAACUCUUUUUCAACGAAUAGUCAAGAUAAAAGCUAUCUUCCCCAAGAUAUAGUGAACCAAUAAAUAGCUAUGGCAUAACUAAAUGAAAACAUACUAAAUGAGUGGAAAAGAGACAAAUAAAAUCCUAAGGUUAAUAAAUCUCUAAAUUAAAGUAUUUAGAAGUUAUUAGAACAAGCUGAGCUUAUAAAAAAGGAGGGAACUUCCUUAAGAGUAGAUAACUCUGAGCUUUAAACUUAAUGUGAUUAGCUUAAGACUAACUUCAGUUCUUUAUUAGAUAAAUUCUAGGAAUACAUUAGCGAGAAUGAAUAAGAUUAGAGCAUUACAGAUCAAAUUCACAGAUAAGAAAUUCAAAAGUUUGUUUAAGAACUAAACUUAAAGCAAAUCGACAUGAACUCAAAAGAUGGCUAAAUAAACUUACUUAAUCAGCGAAUAAAAGAUAUUCAAGAUUAAAUCAUCAAGCUUCAAAAUGAAAAUUUGUUAAUGAGACAGAAAUACUAGAUUCAUUCACCAGUGAGGUCAAUAUAACUCAAUAAUCUAAAUAGAUCAAAUGAUAAUAGCAAUAGAUAAUCUUUUUAAUAGCAGUAGCAUGUAAGCAAUUUGGAAUGCUCAUUCAAUCAGGAUGAAUUAAUGAAGUAUUUGCUCUAAUUAGCUGAUCAAACUGACCUUAUUAUCAAAAGAAUAUCUUAAGAUUACCAACCACUGUAAACUUUUUAGGAAACAUUGCAACUAACAAAUUAAAAUGAUUCCAUGAUAAAUGUAAAUCAAUACACUGAAUAUCUUAUCUAGAUAAAGUCUAAUCUAUAAACUAUAAACUAGUUUGUCAAUAACAUUUGUGAAAGCAUUAAUGACUCAGUGGAGUUGAGCGAGUUUAAAUAGUUAGCUGAGAAUAUUUUAACAUAAUAUGAGAAUUUAGUUUGCUAAGAAUAAAAUGAUGAAAGUAAUAAAGAUUGUACCAGCUAGUAGUACUUGUAUGAUUUACACAGCUUAUUCUUAAACUUACUAAAAUGUUGCUUGAACAAAGAUAUUGAAGUUACAAUUACUAAGAGGCAUUUAGAGUAAUUAAUGUAGAUAAUGAAUGAUAAUCAAAAGGGUGGAGUAGUCAUUGAUCUUAAUGGACUCUUUAAACAGAAUAUGGAGGAAUUAAUUGGGUUGAAAAUGGAAAAUAGCAUGCAUAUAUAAUAGAUAGAAGAACUUUAAAGAGAACUUGAGGAUACUAGAGCUAUACAAUCCUAAACUAUAAAUGAACUCUAGAAUCAAUUGUUAAUGUCAUAGUAGAUAGACUCUACUCAGAUAAAGUUAGACACUUAAAAGAAUAAUCUGUAAAAUCUUUAAUCUUAUGAUUCCAGAGGAUUAUUAAAUCAGACAAUGCUUAAAAACUCUAUAUAGAGUCAGUAAUUUCACCUUAAGGAUGAAACUUAAUGCAUAAACUGCAAAGAGAUGCAAGAAUUAUAUGAUCAACUGGAAGUAUAGAUCAAUGAUUCAAAGUAAAAGCUUGACGAUUCAACCAAUAUAAUAUCAUCACUUGAAAAUUAGCUCGAAACAGCCUAGAAUACUAUUCUAUCUAUAGUAAAGAUUUUUGAAAAGAAAGAUAUUAAAAGUUACAAUUAUCCUUCAAAUAUAUUGCACGAGUUUGUCAUUGAAAAGGUCAAAAGAUUAAAUAAGAAAUAUGAACAUUAAAGGAAAAAUAAUGAAGAAUUUUAGAGUGCUGUUUUGAAGGAACUUGAGUCUUUGAAUAAAGAAUUCUCAAAGAAAAAAAAGAAAUAGGAUGAAACAAAGAGUAAUAAAUCAAGGGAGAGGUCCGAAAAUAAUAUUAGUAAUAUGGAUAAGUUUAAUCAGCUCUUUUAAUUGCUUAAAGAAGUAAUUUAGGAUAAUGCCAAAUAGAAUAGGAUUAAUGAGGAAAUUGAUGAUUCAUUGAUUGAACAGACUGCCAAAGAGCAUUAGAAACAUUAUAAGGAAGUCAACACAAACAAUCAUUUCUGUCCUAGAAAAUUAUCUUAAGUCACUGCUACAUCAUCUUAAAUAGGUGCUGUGUAUUCAUAAAAUCCUAAUUCUCUCCUCAACACAAUGACUCCUUAAAAUUUAAUGACAUUUGCUGAAAGAAAGUAAUCAAUUAUAUCGCAAGUAGAAAAUUUGAGUAAUGUUCAAACUUAAAGGUUGGUUUAAGGCAUAAAUUUCUCAAAAGCUGCAGAAAAUGAUGAUACUCCUUUGGUUAUGAUUUCAGAGAGAGACAGUAAAACUGUUCUUCAUGCGCAGUAAAGUAUAGAGACUCAAAAUUCUGAGUCAGCAAUCCCAACAAAAGUUCAAGUCACAACUCUUCCCUCGGUAAGCAAUAAAACUUAAAAAGAUGCAGAGAAAGAUAAAUACAUUAAUAUUCAUAAGAUAUCUUCUAAACUUUAACUAUAAAGUUUUGAUAGAUACUAAGACAAAGAAAAUAACAGUAAUCAGUUAAAUUAUUCCUACUCUAAUAGAAACAACUUUUAGAAUAUGAACCUACCUCAGCUAAUAACAACGAAUAAUCAAAUAAUUAAUAUAGAAAAAAAUCCCGAGUUAGCUAUGAAAGCUUUAGAUGCUUAUUAUGAAAAGGUGACCAAAAAUCUUGAGCCAAGAAGUAAAUCUGUUGAAUAAAAGACUAGAUUUGGUACAACAGCUGUAAACAACAGUUAAAAUAAGAAGAUUUAUAAGAAUAUCAAAAUCUUAAACGAUCUUGAAGAGUAAAAUGCAACUAAAAAUUUAGAUUAUUCCUAGUUGUAAACAUGCAACUAUGAACCAUGCAAUAAAUUCAAUGAAUAUGUAAACGAAGAUAAGGACAACUCAAAGCGACCUCAUACUCAACAUUUGCAUACCCAAACCAUUUAGAAAAAAAAUUAGAAUGUGCAUCACUAUAAUUACAAUUAAGCCAAUAAACAUUUUGCUGAUAAAGAGAAUGACGAUAACUUAAACCGAACUGUGAUGGUCUUAUAGUAAUAAAAUAAGUAUUAGCUUAGUGAUCAAUAAUAAAAUUAUACUUAAGACAAGAGAAGGAAAUCAGAAGGCGGAAGAUCCAAUAAUAAUCUUUUCAAAUCUGCUUAAAAUACUCAAAAAUUGAACUAAUUAGCCUAUAUUAAUUAACCAUUAACAGCUUUAGAAGCUAGACUUAACAAUAAACAAGCAUAGACAAUUUAGGUGUGA